GGUUUUAUGCAAUAGAUGGGGCCCGAUAAAAAAAUUAGGAGCUCAAAUAUUUUGAGGCCCAGAAAACCGAUUGCAGGGAAGAUGCGACACGGAAUCACAGCCGUCGAGCGAGAAGAAGAAAAAGAUGAGCACAGACCAUCAUCUUCCAUUUCAUUUAUCGUCUCUUGGCAGCUUCAGCUUGUUUUGUUCGCUUCCGGGUCUUCUCCCUCUCUCGAGGGUUCUUUUUUUUAUUUUUUUGUUUUUCUUUCUUUCUUUUCCUUUUCUUCCUUGAUUUAUUAUUUGUUUUUCUUUGUUUUCGCCAUUUUCUUGUCGGUUUUAUGUUUCGCCAUUGUUUGUAAGAAAUUAAGGAAGAAGAUGCACCAGCAGAGGUUGAAACAGCAGCAGCAGCAGCAAGCAUUGAUGCAGCAAUCUCUUUACCAUCCGGGUCUCCUCGCUCCUCAGAUAGAACCUAUCUUAAGUGGAAAUUUGCCACCUGGAUUUGAUUCUAGCACAUGCCGCAGUGUGUAUGUAGGAAAUAUUCAUCCACAAGUAACUGAACCUCUUCUUCAGGAGAUAUUCUCUAGUACUGGUCCUCUUGAAGGUUGCAAGCUUCUCCGAAAGGACAAGUCAUCCUAUGGUUUUGUGGAUUAUUUUGACCGUCAAUCAGCUGCCCUUGCCAUUGUUACCCUAAAUGGGAGACAUUUGUUCGGACAACCAAUAAAAGUCAAUUGGGCAUAUGCUAGUGCACAGAGAGAGGACACGACAAAUCACUUCAAUGUUUUUGUUGGUGAUCUCAGCCCUGAGGUUACUGAUGCUACCUUAUACGCUUGCUUCUCUGUCUACCCUAGUGUCUCAGAUGCAAGGGUUAUGUGGGAUCAGAAAACUGGCCGUUCAAGGGGCUUUGGGUUUGUUUCAUUUCGCAAUCAGCAGGAUGCUCAAAGUGCUAUAAAUGACCUGAAUGGAAAAUGGCUUGGAAGUAGACAAAUUCGAUGCAAUUGGGCAACAAAAGGUGCUGGUUUAGGCGAUGAGCAACAAGCUUCUGAUUCAAAAAAUGUAGUGGAACUAACAAAUGGAACAUCAGGUUUAUUAUUACUUGUGUUUUUGCUCUUCUUAUCGUCGUCAUCUGAAAGUGCUUCUGCGACAGACGUGUCUCACGAUGGGAGAGCAAUCAAAAUCAAUGGCGAGAGACGAAUCCUUCUCUCAGGCUCCAUUCACUAUCCUCGGAGCACUUCCGAGAUGUGGCCAGAUCUGAUAAAGAAGGCCAAGGCCGGAGGGCUGGACGCCAUUGAGACAUACGUGUUCUGGAACGCGCACGAGCCGCAGCGUCGGCGGUAUAAUUUUGAUGGGAAUUUGGAUUUGGUGAGGUUCAUAAAGACUGUUGCAGAUGAAGGACUUUAUGCUGUUCUUCGUAUCGGCCCUUACGUUUGUGCAGAGUGGAACUAUGGCGGGUUUCCUGUCUGGCUGCACAAUCUGCGAGGGAUUCAGCUUCGGACACAGAAUGAUGUUUACAAGAAUGAGAUGAAGAAUUUUACCAUGUUGAUAGUGGAUAUGAUGAAGAAGGAGAAGCUUUUUGCGUCCCAGGGGGGUCCAAUUAUUCUUGCACAGAUUGAGAAUGAAUAUGGAAAUGUGAUGUCUGCUUACGGUGAUGCCGGGAAAGAAUACGUAAAGUGGUGUGCAAAUUUGGCUGAAUCACUUCAUAUUGGAGUUCCAUGGAUUAUGUGCCAGCAAGAUGAUGCUCCUCAACCCAUUAUCAACACUUGCAACGGUUUCUACUGUGACCAGUUCACUCCAAAUAAUCGGAAUAGUCCGAAAAUGUGGACUGAAAAUUGGACGGGAUGGUUCAAGAACUGGGGAGGUAAAGACCCCCUCAGAACUGCCGAGGAUGUCGCCUAUGCUGUCGCCAGAUUUUACCAACUUGGUGGCACUUUCCAGAAUUAUUACAUGUACCAUGGAGGAACCAAUUUUGGUAGAACAUCUGGUGGGCCGUACAUCACGACAUCCUAUGACUACGAUGCUCCACUCAAUGAAUAUGGUGGGUUUAACCAACCAAAAUAUGGACACUUGAAGCAGCUCCACGACGUAUUACAUUCUUUAGAGAAGGCAUUGACUUAUGGAAACGUUUCCCACACUGAUCUUGGCAACAAUUCAUCGAGGACGAUUUAUGCAUACAAUGGAACAGAAACAUGUUUCUUUGGCAAUGCAAAUCCAAAGAAUGAUACUACAUUUACUUACAAGGGAAUUAAUCUCAAGGUUCCUGCUUGGUCUGUUAGCAUACUCCCAGAUUGCAAGAACGAAGCCUACAACACUGCUAAAGUAAAUACCCAGACAUCUGUUAUGGUGAAGGCCUCUAAUGAAGCAGAAAACGAACCUGAUGACCUAAAGUGGUCGUGGAGACCUGAAAACGUGGACAGAUAUGUCAAACAGGGAAAGGGUCAGGUAUCCGCCAACAAGCUCCUGGACCAGAAGUCCAUCAAUGAUCUAUCUGACUAUCUGUGGUACAUGACGAGCGUGAAGCUUGACAAGGAUGAUCCUGUCCUGUGUCCGAAAAUGAGUCUUCGAGUCAACGAGACCGGUCAUGUUAUCCACGCUUUUGUCAACGGCGAGCAUAUCGGUUCGGAAUGGGCUUCGUAUGGAGUUUUCCACUACAACUUCGAGAGACCCGUGAAGCUGAAUCCAGGUAAGAAUAAAAUAACGUUGCUUAGCGCAACUGUCGGGCUUCAGAACUACGGCCCGAAAUUCGAUAUAAUCAAAUCGGGACUUCCCGGGCCCGUCUCCAUCGUCGGAAAGCGCGGCGACGAGACGAUCAUAAAGGACCUGUCGGCGCACAAAUGGUCGUACCAUGUCGGGAUGAAGGGUUUGAACGAGUUCGCCGUAGACGACAAAGCGUUCGCCCACGAUUGGCGGUCUGAUGAUCUUCCCGUCAACAAAAUGUUGACUUGGUACAAGACAACCUUCAAGGCUCCAUUGGAAGAGGACCCGGUUGUGGUGGACCUGGAGGGGCUAGGGAAGGGCAUGGCCUGGGUGAACGGGAACAGCCUCGGCCGCUACUGGCCGAGAUACCUCGCCGACGGGAACUGCUCCGGCAGCCCGUGCGACUACCGUGGCACCUACGAUCCCGACAAGUGCGCGUCCAACUGCGGCGAGGCGACGCAGAGAUGGUACCACGUGCCUCGCACGUUCAUGGACAGGGACGUUAAUGAGCUGGUGGUUUUUGAGGAAUUCGGUGGAAACCCUAGUUUGGUUAACUUCCGUACGAUUCGACCUGGAACUGUUUGUGGAAGUGCCUAUGAGAAUAAAGACCUGGAGCUGACGUGCCAUGGCCGCCCCAUCUCCGCCAUUAAAUUCGCGAGCUUCGGCGACCCGCAGGGACGUUGUGGCUCCUUCAAUGUUGGGAGGUGUGAAGCUGUAAGGAGCGUAGUCAUGGAUGCUGUUGUCCGAGAAUGCGUUGGUAAGGAUAGAUGCGUCGUGUCGGCUUCUGAGAAAGUCCUUGGCUCCACUGGUUGCAGCCAUGGCGUCUCCAAAAGGCUCCUUGUCGAAGCUGCCUGCUAAUUAAUUGUUUGUUUAUUUUCUUUUUGCCGACUAUUCUGGAAUUGUGAUUUGUCUUUCUUUUAUUUCCUAAAUUCUUGAUAAUAGUGUGAGAAUUGCUUCUGAUUAAAGAAUGUCUGAAUUCUUUCUUACGUGUGAGAAUAACAGUAACGAUGACGAGUGGGAAUAAAAUAGCAACAAAGUUCAAAAACUCCAUAUA